GCCGAAACGGACAUGAGAUAUCGAAACCAGAGGUUUUAAAGAGAAUUGAGGAAGAUAAAGAUGAUGGCCGUUUCAAUGGCUCUGCUUCAGCACGUGUUCUCCGUUCCUUUGGCACGUGCAGCGUUGCGCCCUCGCUGUAGCCUCACCGUUUCCACAUCUUCGCGGCGCAACCUAUCUGUUUCUCUUCCCUCACGUGCUCCUCACGUGGACCCCCACGUCCUCCUCGGCAUGUCCGAGCAGGAGCUUCAACAACUCGCCGUCGACUUCGGCCAGCAAAGCUAUAGAGGGAAGCAACUUCACCAUCUUAUUUACAAGAGAAAGAUCAACAAAAUCGAGGAUUUUAGUCAACUGCCGCAGGCGUUUAGAAAUGACCUUCAGGAAGCCGGAUGGACGGUUGGCUGCUCACCAAUUUACCGCACGGUCACUGCAGCUGAUGGAACUAUUAAAUUAUUGGUACAACUAGAGGACAACAGAUUGGUUGAAACUGUUGGCAUACCGGUUGAAGACAAGAAAGGUUUGAUGCGUCUUACUGCGUGUGUGUCGUCACAGGUAGGCUGCCCAUUGCGUUGCUCAUUCUGUGCCACAGGGAAGGGAGGGUUUUCAAGAAAUCUUAAAAGACAUGAAAUUAUAGGGCAGGUUUUGGCUAUUGAAGAGAUCUUCAAGCAUAGGGUGACAAAUGUAGUGUUCAUGGGAAUGGGUGAGCCAAUGUUGAAUCUUAAAUCAGUACUUGAAGCACAUCGAUGUUUAAAUAAGGUGCUUUUACAACUAUUUGUGCAGUGUAAACUCAUUUGCAAUGGACUGUUCUUUAUUUUAAAGGAUGUGGAAAUUGGACAAAGAAUGAUCACAAUUUCCACUGUGGGGGUUCCAAACACAAUUAAAAAGCUGGCUUCUCACAAACUUCAGUCGACACUGGCAGUCAGUUUGCAUGCUCCUAACCAGGAACUUAGAGAAUCAAUUGUGCCAAGUGCGAAAUCCUACCCUCUGGAAGCAAUUAUGAAGGAUUGCAGGGAUUACUUUGUUGAAACCAGUCGACGGGUUUCCUUUGAGUAUGCACUAUUAGCUGGAGUCAAUGAUUCAGUAGAGCAUGCUGUAGAACUUGCUGAGCUACUUCACGAGUGGGGACGUGGUCACCAUGUGAACCUGAUACCUUUCAAUCCAAUAGAUGGCUCUGAUUAUAAACGCCCGUAUAGAAAAGUGGUCCAAGCAUUUUCGGCUGCUUUGGAGUCUCGUAAAAUAACUGCUAGUGUACGUCAAACCAGGGGACUGGAUGCUAGUGCAGCUUGUGGUCAGCUAAGAAAUGAGUUUCAGAAGAGUCCUUUGCUCUCUGACUCCAAGAGCUCAGAAUCUGAAACAGACAACAUUGCAGUUGCUUGUUGAUUGAUGCCAAACAUGCAUUCUUUGCUACUCUGCGGCUCUGCUUCAAGACGCUUGAUGAGAAACUGCUGAUUGACAAGGCUCAUUGAAGCUCUGCUAAUCGCAAACAGUAAUCGUUGUGAAAGCUGCAAGAAUAGAGUUUCCUUUGUACAUCAGAAAUGCUGUUAAGAUCUCCAAGUAAACAUUCUCGCUUCCCUUUCUUGCUGGAGAUGCUGAAUAAUUAGAGGGCUUGCAAAGACGCAAGUGAGGAUUAGCAAGCCCUUGUAUUUGGGGUUUCAUUAUCAAAUGAGAGCAAAUUCAUUGUAGCCUUCUGAUUAACAAUUGUGACUCUCUCUUGCUUGUACCAGUAAAAUUUUUGUUGGUAAUUUAACAGUAGAAAGGUUGUCAAAUUAGCCCCGAGUUAUUAUUGCCCUCCAAUGUAAUCAAGAUAAUUGCACUA